AUGGGCGACGCAUCUAUUGCAAUGGAACCCAUCUCCGAACGAAAACAACUGUACCAAGAUCUCUGUGACCUGGAGAUCCCAAGCGUGAUCAAGCUCUCUCCAAAUGCUCGCCAAGUCUUGUACGCCACCAAUCUAACCUGGAGCCAGAAAAAGGGGAAACAUUGUCUUUCCACGAUCUGGCUAGGGGAGACGGGUCAAGCGAACUCUUCUCGGAAGUUAACAUCUGGUCUGUCCAAGGACUAUUGGCCUCGCUGGAACCCAAAUGGCGAUAGCUUAGCUUUCAUCUCUGACCGUGCUGAGGCCGGUAAGAAAUGGGCUAUAUACAUGAUGAACGUCAGGAAUGGCACUGUCGAAGGCGAGGCGUAUCCUAUCACGGACACUGAUAACGAACGUCCCAUAGCCGCUUUCGAGUUCUCGCCAGAUGGCAAGAGGAUCGCCUUGAUUCGUGCAGACCCCAAGACUGCCGAAGAGAAAGCCCGCGAAGACAACGGCGAGGACUGGCAGGUCUGGUGUGAAGAUUGGACGUAUGAUAGAUUGUACGUGAUUGACGACCUUACGACCAGGAAAGUGUCUCGAGUCACCGGAGAAUCUGGUCAGCAACGGCAUGUCACUGGCUUCUGCUGGAGCCCUGAUUCCGAAAACAUCGUCUUCGCGAACACUAAGUCGCCGCACAUCGAGGAACCAUACCUCACCGGCUCGGACAUCUCCAUCUUGUGGCUAGGUCAGUCGACCCGGGAGACUGUUGGACACAUUCCCAACGUCGUGAAGAAUGUAAAGUGGGCUGCUGAUGGGAAGAUCUACUUUUGCUCAGGUACGCCCGAUGACAAAGAGUGUGCCGGCCACUGUCACGUCCGGGCAGCUUUUGGUGUCGAGAACGACGUUGAUAGCAUCACCUUGGUAGAAGGUCGGGUUGUGGCGAAGGUGCAGCAUGGCCUUCGAGAUCAGAUCUGCCUCGUGCCAUCCGGCGAAGUCAUGUAUUCGGAACAUGCAGAGAUUCAAGCUUUCGAUGUAACCCUGGGGCCGAACAACAAAACGAUCAUCGCCGUCGCCACCUCCGACGUCAAUGCGCCUAUAGAGGUUUAUACUCGCGAUAUUGAUGCCCAGAACAUGGUCAAGCUGUCAACUCAUGGCGCAACGUUCUCGGACCGCACAUUUGGAACCUGCCAAUUCCUCAAUACCCGCUCCGCCGACGACAAGGUCGAGCUUGACGCAGUCCAUCUAACACCAUCAUUGGCGACGCCUUCAUCGUCGACACCACUACCGACGGUGGUCCUCAUCCAUGGUGGGCCUACUUCCCGCAACACCAACGCCUUCAACACUCUCUACUACUUCUGGACACCAUACCUCCUAUCCUUAGGCUACGCCAUCCUCCUGCCGAACUACCGUGGAAGCAGCGGCAAAGGUGAAGCCUUCGCCUCCUGGUCCAUCAAGCCCUCUGGCCGUGGAAAGUAUGACCAUGAAGAUGUUAUCACUCUAACGCAACUCGUCGUCGAUCAGGAGCUGGCAGAUCCAGGCAAGCUGAUGGUAGGCGGGCUAUCCCAAGGCGGCUUUUUGACAUACUUGUGUAGCGUUCGCAACGACCGAGAAUGGCGCUUCAAGGCAGCCAUAGCUCUUGCCGGCAUCACGGACGUAGACACAAUGGCACUGACAUCUGAUCUUGGCGCAACUCUCGAGACCGAGCUAAGUGGCGGCCGCACGCCGUGGAAUGUGCCAAAGGUGGAUACUCGUAGCCGCCAGGCGUCGGCUCUUUGGGAGUUUCACGAAGCGAUGCAGAGGAGUAAGGAGACUGGCAAGAUGAUUGUGCCACCGAUGUUGAUUAUGCACGGUGAGAAGGAUGAGAGAUGUCCCAUCACCCAGGCUUGGGGCAUGAGGAGAGCACUUGCUGGCCAGAAUUUGCCAUUCGAGUUCGUGACGUAUCCGAGGCAGGGCCACCUUUUCGCUGAGCAAAAGCUUUGGAAUGAUAUGGCUGAAAGAGUUGGUAGGUGGUGCGAUACGUACAUCAGGCCUGGAAGAUGA